ACUCCCAAAAAAAAAAAAUUUGAGAGAAAUGUCUUCUCUAAUGGCGAUUCGGAGCCAGAAGAUUAUCACCAUAGGUUCUCUGCUUCAGGUACGUUCUUCUUUUCCCCGGUUAUCUUCUCAAUCCGCCUUCAGUCACUGCUCCGGGACCAAAACCUUUGCCCUAAACCCAAUUCCGAUCAAAAACCUGAGCACAUCCGCCGCCACGAGUGAUUACUACCAGCCUCCACACUCCGUCGCACCUCAUACGCCGUCGCAACGGCCAUAUCCACCUCCGGGCUUCAAUUCUCAGGGUUUUCAAAGCCAGACGAACACCAAUCAAAGAGCGCCGCAAAACCCUAAUCAGUGGAUUCCCCAGAAUCCUCUACACGGUGGGCACAGACCUCAAGUCAAUUAUCAGAGUAGUCAUGGUCAGUAUCAGAAUUUUCAGCAAAACCCUCAGAGCCAGUACAACGCGCAGCAACCCAGAAACCCAAACCAAACCCCUAAUCAGAUAGCUCCUACAGUUGAAGAGGUAAUGCGUUUGUGCAAGCUCAGGAGAUACAAAGACGCCAUCGAAUUGCUUGAUAAGGGAGCUAUGCCUGAUGGAGAAUGUUUCUCUCUGCUGUUUGAGUCUUGUGCUAGUCUGAAAUCACUUGAGCAUGCCAAGAAGGUACACGAUCGUUUCCUGCAGUCUAAGUUUAGAGCUGAUCCGAAGCUGAACAAUAAGGUGAUUAGUAUGUUUGGGGAGUGUAGGAGUGUGACUGAUGCUAAGAGAGUGUUUGAUCACAUGGCCGAUAAGGAUAUGGAUUCUUGGCACAUGAUGAUGCGUGUGUACAGUGAUAACGGAAUGGGAGACGAUGCGUUGCAUUUGUUCGAGGAGAUGCCAAAACAAGGUCUGAAACCAAACGAGGAGACUUUCCUUUCUGUUUUCCUGGCUUGUGCUACUGUUGGUGGCAUAAAGGAAGCUUUUUUGCAUUUCGAUUCGAUGAGAAACGAGCAUGGGAUUAGUCCAAGGACAGAGCAUUACUUGGGUCUUUUAGAUGUUCUUGGCAAAUGUGGACAUCUUGUUGAGGCUGAGCAGUACAUCCGCGACCUUCCGUUCGAACCCACAGGUGAUUUUUGGGAAGCCAUGAGGAACUAUGCUCAGAUUCAUGGAGAUAUCGAUUUAGAGGAUUACGCAGAGGAGUUGAUGGUUGAUCUCGACCCUUCAAAGGCUGUAACCAACAAAAUCCCUACGCCUCCACCAAAAUCAUUCAAGGACACAAGUAUGCUUGCUAGCAAAAGUAGGAUUCUUGAGUUCAGGAAUCUGACUUAUUACAAGGAUGAAGCCAAGGAGAUGGCUGCAAAGAAGCCAGCGGUUUAUGUUCCGGACACACGGCCUGUUCUGCAUGACAUCGACCAAGAGGCCAAAGAGCAGGCGUUACUCUACCACAGUGAGAGGUUAGCGAUUGCUUAUGGUAUCAUAAGUACCCCGCCUCGGAAGUCACUUACAAUCAUCAAGAAUCUCCGUGUGUGUGUGGACUGCCACAACUUUAUCAAGAUCAUGUCCAAAAUCAUUGGUAGGGAGCUGAUUGUGAGAGACAACAAACGUUUCCAUCACUUCAGAGAUGGUAAAUGUUCUUGUGGCGAUUACUGGUAAAACAGAGAGGUUCUUGAGCGCCGUUUUUCGCGUCAUGUAUACCUCUCUAAGUUCUCCAGAACUCUGCUAGCAGUUGGUACUUGGUAGUGGAUUAUUACGCUGUAACAAAUUUCAUCGGCUUUUAAGACUCUUUUAAAUAUGUAUUAAGUUUUGUGUUUCCACCAAAAUAACUCUUGAAUAAGUUAAUUGAUAUUUUUUUUCUUCCA